AUGGGAUUGGACUUACCCCACGGGGGACAGUAAGUUUGCUAUAACUCAGAGUUGUUAACUAAGAAAAGUGAAUUCAGACAGAAUUCAUUACACUUUUCAUUACACUUUUCAAGGCUAUAGAUUGAUGUAAUUAGUUAUCUGUUAUAACACCAAACAAAAUUUUUUAUGGGAGCCCAAGAAAAUAAAGUUCAUAUUAUAAUGAAAUAUUUUGCAUGAAAUUUUAACAACUUUUACGAAGUUUUCACAAUUCCUGUAAAAUUGGAAAGAAAGAAAGAAAGAGAAUUGUCUUUGGUGUUAUUACAGAUAACUAGUUACAUCUAUGGGCCUUAAAAAAAGUGUAAGAAAGAACACAAUAUGGUUUAAAUUAUUCUGGUACAAGGUUUUUGUCCACUGAAAAUGAAAAUUACUCAAAUUUUGUAAUGUAUUCCAUCUUAAUACUCUGAAGAGAAAUUGUCUUAUUGCAUAUUUCCUUGCAGUACAUUUUUUAUGUCUACUUGGAAACGUCAUUUUAGCAUUGUUUUUCAAUUUUUAUUUUCCUUUAAUGUUUAGGCCUUGUCCACUUGUAUCCGCAUAUUUUUAAGAAUGGAUAUUUUUUUCUCCUUUUCCAAAAAAAAUACAUGUUCACUCAUAGCUUAUUUGAACCUUGCACAUGAAAAUGCCAAAACUAUAGAAAUACAAUGGCAUCCCUUAUAGAGAAUGCGUAAUGUUCAAAGUAUAUGAUCUAUGACAUCAUCGUAUUUGGAAACCUCAGUCUCAUCAAGAAGCCAGGUUUUCAAAAGUCUCCACUCUGGGAACUUUUUUUGAAAACUUGCAUUUUUGGUGCCUGAAAAUGCCAUCUUUGGUGGAUGGAAGGCUAAAACAGAGAAAAAAAUGUCUGUUUUUACAGUGUGACCAGGAAAACCGUGAACACUUCAAAUUAAUAUCUCAGGAAUGUUUAUUGUGUUAUGACUAAUCACAGCAAAGAUCAGGACACUGGAACUAGCCACAAAGUCACAAACUAAUUAACGUUCUUGCUUGCAGUUCAGUUUUCUCAUGUCUGAUGGGAUUUUUUCUUGUAACACGAUAACAUAAUUCCAGAAAUAUUUCUGGUGUUCACGGUUUGACUGUAAAAUUAUCCAGACAUGUGUGGACGCAACCUAACUGUAGGAACUGGAAGAAACAGAGAAUGGAGCUCCUGUUAUUUUAUAAAAGAAUUUCAAUCCCAGUGUUUAUUUUGGCAGUAAUAAUUUAGUAAUUUGUGUGAUUUCGUUCUUAUAUUUUCAGCUUGACGCAUGGCUUUAUGACCGAUACCAAGAGGAUUUCAGCAACAUCAAUUUAUUUUGAGUCAAUGCCAUACAGACUGAAUGUAAGUUAUCUGCAAAUAUAUUGAACAAAUCUUUUUAUUGUCUUGUAAAUGUUACAGGGUUCAUAGAGCAUCUUGAAAUUUGAAAGUCUUGAAAUUUGCCCAGCAACUUUCCAGACUCAGAAAAAGUCUGGAAAAUAGGGAUAAAGUCUAGAAAAGUGCUAAAAAGUCUUGAGUUUCUUUUUUCUUCAAAGCUACAACAAGUGCUUUACAAAAAAAUAUUUUUCAUUUUGUCAAAUCUUUUUCAAUCUCGCCCUAUAUUUGAAGUGCAUGAAAACAUACAUGUAGCGCUACAAAACAAGCUUUGUUCCUGCAUGUUUUUAAGGUCUGUAUUGAUUGCCUGUUUGAUAACCUUGAGUCUGUAUAGUCACAGCCUUUACACACUAAAGUUCCACACAUGUGGUCCACACAUACACAACUUUAUUCCAAGACUUUCUACAAAGUGAAUCGAAGCGACGUAAGGGCUACCGAAAAACUACAAUAAAUUAAUACAAGGUUAAGAUAAAAAUAACUACUGAACUAAGUGAAACCAAUGCGGCAAAGGCGAAAGAAACAAGCAAGAUUCUAACAACACGAUAGCAAAAAAAUGAAACACCAGGACAAGCUAAACAAACUGCAUGUGGGCAGAAGUGAGGGCAACAAAGAACUGAUGUCAAAAUAUUAAAACAGAAGCUAGACACACUAUAUACAAAGGGAAAAACCUAACAUGAAGAACAAAGGUAUGCAAACAAUGAGCUACUAAUCAACUAGAAAACUACACUAACGGCACAAUCACGAAAAGAACUAAAAAUGCUGCAAACAUACAAAUACUUUAGACAAAGCUGAGAUUCCUUGCGCUAACAGUCUGUUGUAAAAGCUUUAAUGGUUGAUUUUGUGGAACAGGAUUAUUUUUGAUGAAUGAAGAGUGAAGAGUCGUGGAUGAGAGGACAACAGACGUACCCUCUUACAAUAUAUUUUAACAAGUGAACAGUAAGCUUGGACGUCAGCACACAAAGGUGCCACUGGCAGCCGCUCUCAGUCCAUUUAUGAGCUUACUGUACCCACCCAUCCCAUGAUUAAGAAUUAAGAUUUUUUGAGGGGUUAUGAUAAAUGUUUAGAGCUCUAAUAAAAAAAUAGAAAAUAAAAAAACGGGACAUUCUUAAAAAUCUCCAACAGAGAAUCAACUAUGGAUAACGUAUAUUUGGGCUCUGUUUCAGGCCACUUGUGCAGAAAGUUUAGUUAAUGGAACGUGACGCUAUAUAUCAGCCCGGAGGGAAAAUAUCUUCACUUGAUGUACUUCAGACUUGUCCGAGUGUAUCAUUGUUACGUGUUGACAAUCAAUAGUUACAUUGUAGUGUUUGUCUUAAAUGUCAAAUACAAAUUAGUUCACCUUUUACGAAUAGGCCUUUUUCUAAUAAUACUCUUUGUUCCCCCUCCAAAAUUUUGCUUAUAAGCAUUUUUUUCAAUUUCUCUUUGGACUUACAAUCACCGCUAGAAAAAUUAAAAACAAUGCUUAUGAAAAAAUUUUAGAGGGACAAGAAGAAGUAUAAUUUAUGGUGUUUUUGAAAAAGGCCUAUGGCUAAACCAGUGAAUGCUACAUACAUUCACGUUUCCUUUGCUGAGAUACAUACAAUCGGUGACAAAAUUAAUUGAGACACUCAGACCAAAACAAAAUUUCAUGUCAAUGUAAUCACAAAUAAGGCAAAAUACCUUUUAGUAGUACCGGUCGCCCCUUCCUUCUAGUCAUUGAUGUUGUAAAUGUUUUUUUAGACUGUGAGUAAUUGAAUUUACUCUGCCAAAGAUGAAACAUAAAUAUUUAGAUUUGCUUUCACAGGCUGAAACCAUAAUUGUAAAUUGCAAGAAAUAUUUUGUAUAAAUUAUUUGUCAUGUUGUUUAUUUCAGGAAGAUACAGGGUUGAUUGACUAUGACAAACUGGAGGAAACAGCUCGACUGUUCCGUCCACGUCUCAUUAUUGCUGGUGCUAGUGCAUAUUCUAGACUUUAUGACUAUGAAAGAAUGAGAAAGGUACUUUCAAUCCCUAUGGAGACAUUAGAGACAAAUAACAAUGAAUUAUUUUUUUUGCAAUAUUAUAUUGGUCAUCAGUCAAUGUCCUGCAAACCUUGGCCCCUGAACAAUGAAGCUGAACUAGCUGUGGUCAGACAAGAUGGCCGAACAAAAUAAAAUUUCCCUUGGGUGCAUUUGAAUAGUGUACAUACCAACAAAAUAAUGUUGCAUAGAAUAUAUGGCAUUUAAAAUUCAAGAAUUUAAAAUUUUACGUCUCUUUACAACGUAUUUACAGUAUAGUACUGGUAAUUUUGAAAGUCAGUUGUGAUAUUGUUGUUGUGUCAGAUUGCAGAUGAACAUAAAGCUGUUUUACUUGCUGACAUUGCUCAUAUCAGUGGCCUUGUAGCUGCACAGGUCAGCGAAAUAUAUACCUUUAAAUAAUAUUAUUACUUGUCUUGCAAAACAUCACAUGUAUUAUUGUUACUGGUCUUAAAAAGGUGAAGUCCUACAUGUAUUUGAAUUAUUGAACUUUGGAGUUCUGUUGAACCACAAGUAGUAACUGUGGUCCAAGAUUUUUUAAAGAUACUCACCAAAAUUCAACUAGUGAAAGUGUCGAUCUCUUCAACAACCACUUCACUUCAGUAGCUAAUUGUUUCUUCAUUUAGUACCUCUGCAUCUUACUUUUUCACUCAAGUUUUGUUGUUAAAAUCAUGUCAGUGCAUAAUUCUCACCUGUGUAAAUUCCCUUUGGUAUCUUUAUCAACCUUUUCCGUGUAAUUUUUUUUUCACACAUAAUUUCCUGAACACCUUCGUAUAGAGAUGGAAGUUGAGGCCUAUUAAAACCCCAUGAAGCUGCAAUAAAAAUCAACUAAAACCUAAAACUGUAGACCUUAAUCAUUGAAAGGAGACAAUUAAUUUUCACAUAUCCUAUUCUGAUUUUGCAAUAGAACUUACAGAUCUAUUUUACCUUUUGUACCUGUUACAAUUGAUCAACACAGCAAAAACCAGUUCACCAAAGCAAAUAUGAAAACUUUUCUUAUUAUUUUUGCCACUCUGAAAAGAAUUUCAACAGAAGAACUGAAAAUUUCAAAAGCAAAAUCAGGAGCUAUGACAAGAUAAUACACAUUGAAAAAGACUUUUACAAUGUGAAGUCAAGUGAAGUGAAGUGACGCCUAUAUUUAAAGAGGGUAAACACAUGACAGUUUUGACCUAAACUGAUGGACUUGUGGCCUUCAAUAAACAUAAAAUCAAUAAUAAUUUUACAAUGUCAUUAUAAAAAGAUAAAAAAUUUACAUAUGUGAAUAAAUGUUAACUAUUUGAAAACUAUUUAAAACAAGUAAAAUGAAAAUGAAAAUGUUACUCAUUUUACUAUCUUAUGGACUUAAACCAGGGUGACUACUGUACAUCUUUAAGUUUUGGAUAUUUAACAAAGUGUAAAACAAUUUUUCAUAGUCUUUACCCUUAUCAACCAUAAAAGUGACCUCAAAAUGUACAAAACUUAAGUUGAACCAGGAGCUGUGGGUGAGUGGUUUCAUUGAGAAGUUUUGAGCACUUUGAGGUGGGCUCAUUUCCGUGAAAAUUUUUUUUUUUUACCGUUAUAUUGAGAGUUAUUGACAUCCAUUUUCAUUGAAGCUUGUUGGGAAACUACAUGUGUGAAAAGAAAAACAAAUAAUUGUGCCAUCACCACAUCAUUUUCACGGCCUGUACUCUUAUCAGCCAUAGCUCUUGACCAAUCUGCACGAGAAAUCCCUUUGUAAGGUUUUGGUAAAAUAUAUUUUUUUAUUGUUUUGCUUGUUAACAGGCCAUUCCCAGUCCAUUUGAUCAUUCCCAUGUUGUAACCACAACAACUCACAAGACUCUUCGAGCUGUCAGGUACCAUGAAUUUUCUCAAAAAUUUACAUUUUAAAUAUGGCUUUAAUGUCACUGUGUAGCUUUGAAAGCUAUCGUUGAUUAAUCUUCAGCCUUUGGUACUGAUCCUUUCCUAUUUCAGAGCUGGCUUGAUUUUCUACCGUGUUGGCGUUAAAGGAAUCAACAAGAAAACUGGAAAAGAUAUCCUUUUAGAUUAUAUCUAUUUGAUAGAAGAGGUUUCUCGAAGAAGCCUUAACUGCUUGAUUCUUGUUUGAAUUACUUUGUGUUUGUGGGGAAGACUGAAUCUAAAAUUCACCCCUUGUAGGGGAAUCCAGGUUCCAGAAUCCGUGUUCUGAAAUUCGGGAAAGUUUUGCUUGUGGAAUCUGAAACCCUGGGCUUUGAAAUCCAGAAUACAGAUCGAGAAAUCUGGAAUCCCACUAACGACUGGACUUGGGAAUCCAAGUUUGACUGACAAAGAAUCCAGAAUCCAUGGCGUGGAAUCCAGAAUCGAAGACUGUCGCGCAUUCCUUUACAUGGGGAGGAUAAAGUCAUCAGUUACUUAGAUUCCUUUUCACACACACCUCCAUUUUUACUAAGCGCUUUCAGAUUGACGUCAACAUACAAUUAUAUUGUCCUUGACAAUGCUGCAAAGAUCAAGUAUGAUUUUGAUAAGAACAUUGACUUUGCAGUGUUUCCAUCACUCCAGGGAGGCCCACAUAACCAUGCUAUAGCUGGCGUGGGUGUCGCACUCAAACAGGUGAGUAGCAAGUGUCAAUCAAGCAAGAGUGUUGCCUUGGUAGGGUGCAAAAUAAGGCAGCCCAAGGCUGGUGAAUUCUGUUCUUAACGUGGCCAACCAUGAACAUGCAAGUGUGGUUUUUUGGGGGAAUUCAAAUUACAGAAAAACUGUAAUCAAUCCUGCUCAUCAAAAAUGUGUUCUUCAUGUUCCAAGAGUGACCAACAUAAAUUUUCGCCUAAAAUAUCAGUAGAUAAUCAAUAGGAAAGGUCAUGAGAAUUGAAAAAAUGAUCGCCAAAGGAAAAAUGCUUUGAUCUGUUACCAAAUUCUUUUAACUAAUUCCUUAAAAAAAUACAUGAAGAUCGGUCUUGAGCAUUUUUAUCUGAAUAUUGGAGCUUAUAGGAAAAGUUGAGAUAAUGGCAUUCAACAGAUAAUUAACUUGUAGUUAUGUUUCAGGCACAAACACCGAUGUUUAAGGAAUACCAGCAACAGGUCCUGAAGAACGCAAAGAGCAUGGCCAAAGCUUUGAUAGAUUUAGGGUACUCCAUUGUAUCGGGUAUGUUUGCUGGAAGACAUUCAUAUUUUUUCACAAUUCAGUUAUCCUAUAGAAACUCUCCAGGGUUGCUUGCUCUCUACAUUCCUUUGAGAAGUAUGUAUCUCCAUUAUUCAGGGUACGCACAGUCUUAAAAAGUCCUUGAAUUUUAGGGGAAGCCCUUGAAAAGUCCUUAAAUGUCUGUGCAAGUCCAUGAAAAGUCCUUGAAUUUCCUUCAACUUUGAAUGCAGUGGUCUGGAAAGUGUUUUUUAGGGCUUUUUUGCUUGUCCAAGACAGAAUAUAAAUCAUAGCUCGGAGAAGUUAAAGGUGAUUUACAUAAGGCAUCUUUUGUUUUAUGCAAUAAUUAACUAUCGAUUUAAGAUAAGUGAACUGAAAAAUGUAGAGGAGUUGUUGGAGAAAACAGUUAGAAUGGACCACGAAAGUGCAUUUUUGUGCAAUCUGUGAAAUUACAUUCCUAGUAGAUGGUCCUUGAAAAUCGAAUGUGGUCCUUGAAAAUUCCUUUAAAAAAUGGUUGCUAUUUUUUUGUAUCAACCCUGUUAUUGUAUUUCUUACUUGUUUGGCAGGUGGAACUGACAAUCAUCUCGUCCUGCUGGAUCUGAGACCCAGAGUAAGUUUAUUAGUUAUCUUUGAAUACUCAACUAUGACGUCCCCACAAGCUUUUUUUACAUUUAAAAUAGCGAUAUCGAGAAACUUUUAGACAAAGUUUUUAAAAUACGUCUAGACUGCGAGCAGUCUCUCUUUUUCUUCAGAUUUAGUAAGCAGAAUGCACGCGCGCGCGAGUGUCGAGGCGAGAAACGAGGGCGGCACGUGGUCAUUUUCGCCGCGCGUUUUUUUUUUUUGACUGACUAAGAAGAAAGAGAGACUGCUCGUAGUCUAAAAUAGGCCCCAACAGGAAUUGUGGAAGAACUGCUGAGGUGAUUUUCCAUCUUAUGCAAAGUUACAGCUUGCGCAUGUCGGUGUGGCGAAAUGGAUGAAUGAUAAUUAUUGUCACGUCUUUGUUCUUUAGGGAAUUGACGGAGCCCGUGUGGAGAAGGUUUUGGAAAUGUCCUCAAUAACAGCAAACAAAAACACGUGUCCUGGCGAUAAGAGCGCUCUUAAACCAGGCGGACUCAGACUAGGUAAAUAAACUACAGUUUUUUCUUAGUUUAAAGUGUCUUAGCCUAAGAAAACAGUCGACAUUUCGAGACGUCACCACUGCUUUUCCCGCGAAACGACUUCUGAGGAACGACUGCGGAAAUUCCAUACUGAUGACGUGUCACUACCCAGAUCUGAGUACAUGUGGUGACACGUUAUCAGUAUGGAGUUUUUGUGUUCGUACCUCAACCGUCAUUUCGCCGGGAAACAAGUGUUGGUAUCGCAAAAUGUCGGCUGUAUUCUCAGGCUAUACGUGUCCUGUUUAUUCUAUUAACCCUUUCAUUUCCAAAUUUGGCCAAAAGCAAAUUUCGACCAAAUUUCCAAAUUUCAUUUUGUGAAAUUUUGAAAAACUCAUACCACCAUGUGUAAGUUCGGGCACAGAGCUUUCAUUUGAAUGAUCACAUCAUAGGAUUUCGUCCUCAGACUCAAAAGUUAGAGUCACCUUACAAAACUCCAUAGGGUAAGCUCGAAGUUAAAUCAUAAGACUUCUACCGCGUAGAAAUGUCCUAGUUUGCCCGGUGUACAAUACAAAAAAAAAAACUUCUUACGAGACUAAGAUACCUGGUUUCCUUGUAGGAGCGCCCGCGCUGACAUCUCGCAAUUUCAAGGAGGAGGACUUUGUAAAGGUUGUGGAGUUCAUUGACCGAGGAGUUAAGAUUGCUUUAGAGGCUCAAAAAUCAACAGGUAAAAAUAGGUAACAUGUACAUGUGUUCGGUACAUUUGCUAGCCUUUUCCGAAGGUUGCUGGUCAUAUUAGCGAGGAAGCUUUUUUGUAGUUUUAAUAGAACUUCAGCCUUAACGUCAGAUUCAUAUCAGUUCUAAGUGGGAAAUUUAAAACAUUGCUGUUUAUGCAAAAAGUUAUAAAAACUGAACACUUACCAGCAAUAGCUGACAAGUAAAAAAUUAACUUGUUACGUAUUACUAAGAAAUCGAUUAUUCCUUGGAAUUAAUUCAUCGUACCCUUACGUUCCCUGCACCAUUUUUUCUUUUGGGUUUUUUCUUAAGGGUUCAGGAGGGAGGUAGUUGUGCACAGUCUCCUAGAAAGACUCCCUUUAGUGGGCUGAACUUUUUAGGAAUAGUAGAAAACCCUAAUGCACAGGUCAUAACUAGAAGCAGGUACAUAUAGAAAGGCCUGUUAGUUUUAUUCAUUAUUAAAUCGUAAAGCGCACGAAAUUAGCCUGCAUAGAAGGCUUUACAAAGGAAGUAAACGCGUAGGGCACCCUAUUGCUUUCCAGGCCCUGCUGUCGGGCAGGCAGUGCACGCUGGGAUACAAAACCACAAGUUUCUUAGUCCUGCGGACGGGUGUGAUCACCAAAUGACGUAACACAAAACAUUGAAAAUACAUUGAUAAAUACCCACGUCACAAAACCAAUGGUUUCCGCACAUCAAGAAACAGCCACAACUAUUGAUUGGUUGCACAAGGAAAGAAGUGAUGUCCUUAGACGUCAGACCUUGAUUAAUUAUUGGCUUCUCUUUCUCAGGUGACGUCAUGAAAGACUUCUUGUCUCAUAUCGAAUCCAAUCGAGAAACCAAAGACAAAAUUGAUACCCUCAGGGGAGAGGUGGAGAGUUUUGCCAGAGGUUUUCCAAUGCCAGGAUUUGACAACCACUAA